AGAUAAAUACUUUUUUCUUAACUUUUCGUCAUGAUCCUCAAAAUACUCCUUACUCUUACUUUAUACUGGAUAUAUUUAGUUAGAGUAAGAUGUGAAACGGUGCCAGUAGACUUUGAGAAUAAUGAUUAUUAUCAUUUUCAUUUCUCAGAAGAUGUUGAUAUUGAAGAUUUUUCGCGGGUGUUAGGAUUCAAAUAUCAUGAGAAACUAGAAUAUCUGGAUAACCAGCAUAUAUUUUCUAUAGAAAAGGGUGUUUUAGAAGACGAAAUUAAAGAAAAAAUUGAGAAUUAUUUUGGUUUAGAAAAAGGAAGAAAUGCAAUAAAUGGGUUUAAUAGUGACAAGCUUUUUCAUUAUGAGAAACAAGAAUUGCCGGAUUAUGAAAAGAGGGAUAUGAUAAGAGACGAUAUAUAUUUUGAUAACCAAGAUCUUUAUAAUGAUGAAGAAAUUGUCAAUAAUGUUGUAAAAGAUCCGACGGUAGAUCAGGCGAAAAAAUCGACGGAAGAUUUAAAAGAGAGGUUAAAGGAAAUUAAAAAAAAAUUAGGUAUAAGUGACCCUUAUUUUGAUAAACAAUGGUAUUUGUUCAAUACACAAAGACCUGGUAUAGAUUUGAAUGUUACAGGUCUCUGGUUAGAAGGGAUAAGGGGAAAAGGUGUAACAGUUGCCAUUGUAGAUAAUGGCCUAGAUUAUACUAACAAGGAUUUGGCUCCAAAUUUUAAUGCCGAGGCUUCAUUUAAUUUUGCUACUGGAACUACCGACGUAAAACCUGAGUACAAGUAUAACAAUCAUGGUACUAGAUGUGCAGGAGAAGUAGCAGCUGCCAAGAAUGAUUUUUGUGGGAUUGGUGUUGCAUAUGAAUCUAAUAUUUCAGGAAUACAAUUUUUGAAUUCUUAUAAGGUUUGGAAUGAGGGAAGGGCUCUUACUCAUAAAUAUGAUGUUAAUCAAAUUUAUUCUUGUAGCUGGAAACAUGGUAGAAAAACUACAAUUGUAUCCGCUUAUUAUUCUACAUAUAGUGCAAUUAUUAAAGGGAUAAAUGAAGGAAGGAAUGGUCUUGGAUCUAUAUAUGUUUUUGUAACUGGGAAUGCUGGAUAUCGUGAUAAUUGUAAUUACAAUGAACUUUCAAAUAGUCUAUAUACUAUUACUAUCGGUACUGCAAAUGCAGAAGAUAUAAGAUUUUACUUUUCACAGCCAUGUCCUUCCAUUUUGGCUGCUGCAUAUUCUGGUGGACUCAAUGGACGUAUUGUAAUCUUUUCUUUUUUUUUAUAAUAAAUUUAUCGUCUUAGUAUACUACGGAACCUGGUGAGA